GGUGGUUUCCGCCGCGCCCUGGCCGGCGCCCGUGGGCGGCAGGAGAGGGCGGCCCACGCGCGCCCCUCGCCACCGCGCGCGCCGCUCCGGCCUCCCGCUCGGGACGCACCGCCCUCCGCCUCCGUCUCCGCCCCCAGGACCUGCUGCCGCCCGCUUCCAGCGCCGCUUCUCCAGCCGGCGGUGCGAUGGGCUGCGGGAACUCUACUGCCACCAGCGCGGGCGCGAGCAGAGGCUCUGCAGGAGCAGCUAAAGACGCAACAGAAGAGUCGAUAACAGAAGAUGACAAGAGGAGAAACUAUGGAGGAGUGUAUGUCGGUCUCCCAUCUGAAGCUGUCAAUAUGGUAUCGAAUCAAACAAAGACCGUUCGAAAAAACUAGAAGACAAAUACAUGACUCAAUAAUCAAGAGAUCCAAUCCGAGAUUCCACUGCACUCUGUUACGUUGGUAGGCCUAUUUCCUUAGUCUCUUCUUCCUGGUGUUUUUUCAGUCUUUCCUUGUUUUCCAUGAUUGUGACACUUUUGAAGCCUACCAGUUGAUAUUUGGAGGUAUUUUCCCUCAAUUUGGAUUUGUCUGAUGUUUUCUUAUGAUUAGGCCGGGGUUAUAGAUUUUUGGAAAGGAUAUCCUCAUCCCAUUGUAUCUUAAUAUCUCAUGACUGUUACUGGUGACAUUGACCAUGGCCCCUCAGUAGGGGGUGUUCGCCAUGUUUCCCCAUGGUCAGGUCUCCAGUUUUCUUUCCCACCCUCUAUUUAUUCCUCACGGGUGAGUCACAGUUUUGGACCACACUCAAAGAAGAAGAGAAUUAAGGACUACCUCCUGAAGGAAAGAGUAUUGAGGAAUUUUUGGACAUUUGUUAAAGGCAACACAGUAAUAAGUAUUUUCGGGGAGGUACUUUGAGACCCUGCCAACAAACACCCUGUUUCUCUUCAAGGUUUGCCCGCUGAAUGAGCCCCCGUCCUCAGUAUUGCCUGCAGUGUUAUCACCCCCGGACUGUCUGGGGCGGUGUGCCUUUUCCUCUGUUCUUCACUGCUGUUACUUGGGAUUCUUCUCCAAGGAGUGUUCAUUUGUUCCUGACCCCUGUUUAUUUAUGUAUCCAAUCAUUGAUUUCUAUCCGUAUGGACUCACAGGUAUUCAUUUUGUUUUUUAGGUUAUAAUCCAAUCAUCGUUUUAUCACCAUUUUUUUUUUUCUGUGCAAAUUGUUUGCACUUUGACCAUGGGCGAUUUUUCCAGGUUACUUCCUGACAAACCCCAUCCUUUCCCUGCCCCUCCCCCAUUUACACUGACUUUUAAUAGCAAGCAGGCCUGCGAAAUAAAGUUCCAGUUCCGAAGUUAGUUGAAACUUCCCUAAAA